GAUUACUCCUACGUCUCCUCCUCAUCUCUAGUUCGAUUUUUCGGUAACAAUUAACAAGAAAAACAAGAACAAUUUGUUUGUUUUUGAUCGAAUAAGUGCAUAAUCCAGAGCGGUGUAUAUCGGCGGUAGAAAUCACCAAAGUGAAAGAGCUAAAGCCAGCGAGUGAGAUCUGCGAUAAUGUCCUGGCAAAGUGUUCCCCAGUAUCCCCAAUACCAAGAUCCCAACCAGCAGUACAAUUACGGCGGUGGCUAUCCACCUCAAGGUGGCUAUGGCGGUGGAGGCUACCCGCCGCAGGGACCACCACAGGGCUAUCCACCGUACGCCCAAGGAGGCGCCCAGCCCUAUCCACAGGGGCCGUAUGGCCAGCCCUACGGACAGGGACCACCACCCGGUGGCUAUGCUCCUCAGCCGGGCUUCAUCCAGCCACCUCCACCGACUGGUGGUUACGGGGCCUACGACGAUCCGGAGAGCCAGCCCAAAAACUUCUCCUUUGACGACCAGAGCAUCCGCCGUGGAUUCAUUCGCAAGGUGUACCUGAUUCUGAUGGGACAACUCCUAGUAACUUUUGGAGCCGUUGCCCUGUUUGUGUACCACCAGGGCACAAAGGACUUUGCCCACCGAAACAUCUGGCUCUUCUGGGUGGCUCUGGGCGUGAUGCUCGUGACCAUGCUUUCCAUGGCCUGCUGCGAGAGUGUGCGCCGCCAGACACCGACCAAUUUUAUAUUCCUGGGCUUAUUCACGGCAGCUCAGUCCUUCUUAAUGGGUGUCUCGGCCACUAGAUAUGCUCCAAACGAGGUUCUCUUGGCAGUGGGAAUUACCGCAGCGGUUUGCCUGGCCCUAACGCUGUUUGCCUGGCAGACUAAGUACGACUUCACCAUGAUGGGCGGCGUCCUGAUCGUCUGCAUGGUGGUGUUCCUGAUCUUCGGUAUCGUGGCCAUGUUCAUGAAGGGAAAGAUCAUUACACUGGUGUACGCCUCAAUCGGGGCGCUGCUAUUCUCCGUUUACCUCAUCUACGACACCCAACUGAUGAUGGGCGGCGAACACAAGUACUCGAUCAGCCCCGAGGAGUACAUCUUUGCGGCGCUGAAUCUUUACCUGGACAUCAUCAACAUCUUCAUGUACAUUCUUACUAUAAUCGGAGCAUCACGCGACUAAGCUCGCACGAUUUCCAUUAUGUUGUUUACCAGUUUAAGCCGGGUCUAGCUUUAGCCGGAAUAUGAAUAUUGUUGUCGCGCGUAAUCUCAUCGGUAUUUACAAUUUUUG